AUGCACGGGCAUGCGCACCACAACCAUGCACGCAAUGUGGAGGAAUUAGAGGAGCGAGGAAAUGUUGAAGAACGAGGAGUCAUCGAGGAGCGAGGCGAUGUCGUGAUCGUAUACAAGACCAUGGAUCCGGACUUUGUAGGUGAAGUGGGAGGUUAUGUAACCGGCACCGAACACACCACUGCCACCGAAGCGCACGCCGGUGUUGGUGCUCCUGUCGCGCCUACAAGGACCAAGGAACAAACAACCGAGACCAAACCUACAGAUGAGGUGACCACGACGAAGACGAAGGAGGAACCAACUACCACCAAAGAAACCGUGGCCCACACCACUCAAGAAACUAAGGAGACCACCGAGACUACUAAGGAGGAGACCACCGAGACUACUAAGGCUGAAACGACCACCAAGGAAGCAACUACUACCAGUGAGUCGGAGGCUCCGAUCACAGCAACCUCCUUUGUUACUUCGGCAUCGUCCACCUCGGAAUCUUCCCAGAAUGUCGACGAUCUCCUCGCGGCAACCUCAACAGGAUCGGCCAGUAACUCUGCUGCAUCGGCCUCGACCACUGCGCUUGGAACUACUACUUCCGAGGGUAUGACUGGUGGUGCGAAGGCUGGUGUGGCCAUCGGUGUCAUCUUCGGUGUUGGUGUGAUCGCUGCCCUGAUUUUCUUCUUUAUCCGCAAGAAGAAGAGAAGCCAGGAGGGGUAUCAGCAGGAGAAUGAGAAGACACUCGGCGGCGAAGGCCUGCCAGAGGGUAUCGCUGCUUUCCCACCGCCUCCUCCUUCCAAGCCGCAGACGCCUUCGACUCCCCCGCAGCUUAAUGUUCGUCCCGUCACUCAAUUCGCACCUGAUCUGAGCGGCAGCGGUGGCUUGAACCCUGCCACCGCUGGUGCUUCCGGAGCUUUGAGUCCAGCCACUGUUGCUGUUGCAGGUGCUGCAGCUGGCUCUGCUGCUGUCGCCUCUCGUAAUCUUACUGGCGAAUCGCCGCCUCCUACUCCGCCGAAGUCUGCUGGGAGCCACUCUGACCCCUUCAGUGACCCUGUCAAUCCUUUCAACCCAGCCACCACCCCUGUUACACCUGUUACGCAGAUCGCGCCUUCUGUUGCCGAAUCAGCGAUUGGAACGUCUGAAUCGGCCACUGGUACAUCUGGUACAUCUACACCGACCGUCGCAGCUGCCGCGGUCGGUGCCGCAGCCGUGGGUGUUGCGGCAGGUGCUGCCGCUUCAUCUCGAGCGUCUAAUGAUUCCGAGCGCUACCAUUCCGCCGAGUCACGCGGCCAUUCCCCCACUAGCUCAACCCAAUCUGCGACAAUACCGACCGAUGCUACCGCUGCCUCUGCCAUCCCUACCGAUGCUGCUGCUGCACCAGCUGCACCAGCUGCAUCUGCUAUCGCUGCUGGCGCUGCAGGCGCCAUGGCUGCUGGCCCACCACCCCCUAACAAUGUUUACCGUGUGCAACUGGAUUUCAACCCCUCUAUGGAAGAUGAGCUUGGACUUCGCUCAGGGGCGCUUGUGCGCUUGGUUCACGAGUACGACGAUGGAUGGGCUCUCUGCAUGCGCCUUAACAGUCCCCAGCAGGGAGUUGUUCCACGGUCUUGCCUCUCGGCUCGUCCUAUGAUGCCUCGCGCCCGCCCGCCCCCUGGACCUCCCGGCUCUCGCGGCCCACCCAUCAUGGGCCCUGACGGUCGUCCAAUGAUGCCCGGGGGUCCCCCGGGUCCACGAUUCUAUCCCCAGGAUGCCCGUCCGAGAUCCCCUGGUGGCCCUGGCUUCCCUGGACCUCCGCCCGGCCGUCCUUACCCCGGUCCCGGAUCUCCUGUUCAGUUCCCGACAGUUCCCCGCUCCAUGUCGCCUGGGCCUAAAGGAAUGCCUGGUCCUCGCUCAAUGUCCCCCGGACCUGGAGGUAUGCCUGGUCCUCGCUCAAUGUCUCCCGGCCCUCGCUCAAUGUCCCCCGGACCACGUGGAAUGCCCGGUCCUCGCUCGAUGUCCCCCGGACCCCGUGGAAUGCCCGGUCCUCGUUCAAUGUCCCCCGGACCCCGUGGAAUGCCCGGUCCUCGCUCGAUGUCCCCCGGACCUGGAGGUAUGCCCGGUCCUCGUUCAAUGUCUCCUGGUCCCCGGCCCGGCCCGCGCUCGAUGAGCCCUGGUCCAUACGGAGCUCCAGGAAUGCAGCGUCCUGUGAUGCCUGUCAAUCAACGCCAACGCAGCAACAGUGCCAGCAAUGUCGCUCCGCCCAUGGCAGCGCCCGCCGCACCUGCUGUUUCAAGUCCAUUGGCUGCUGCUGAUCCUGCCCCCGCCGCGCUGCAAGUUUCCAGUCCCCAAGCGGCUCCUGCGCCUGCUCCUGCUGCCGUGUCAUUGCCAAGUCCACUAGCCGCUCCUACUACCGCUCCCACCAGCGAUCUUCCAGCCCUUCCGACUUCCCCGCCGACUUCUCCGUCCGGCUCGAUCUCGCGAAAGCCAGUCCCCACUCAUGACGCUUAA